AUGGCUUGGCAUAGCGAUGAAGCUGUUGAGAACAAUCUCAAAAAAUGCUAUGAAGUUGAUAUUGAUUGGGAUUUAGUCCAAAAAAAGCUGCAAGAUGUAAGUAUUCAUUGUUUUCUAACAAUACCUACGCAGCACAGUGGUUAUGUGUUUGUUUGAUAUUCUCCUCUAACUAUUGUUUAAACAUCUUUUUUUCCUUUAUUACAACAGCUUUGUGAAUUCUAGGGCAAAACCAUGAAGCAACGUAAAACUACUGUUUUACUUGGCAUCUUGUCUCUUGUUUCUUUCAUGCUGGGGCACGCAUCACUUCAUGUGAAAGAUGGUUGGGAAGAACCUAUUGUCUUGUGGAUGGCUGUCGUGCUCAAAACAGGUAUUUCGUUUUCAACGAUUCUUUAUUCCUUUAUUUGCUAACAUCGACAACGUUGUUUGCCUUGUUGGUCCUGUGUAAAACUCCACUUUCUGUAAUUUCUGUACUGAUUAAAACGCACAAUUUACUGGUGUUUUUAUGGGACACGUUGCUCCGCGACAAUAUUAUUUCCUAAUUCCUAAACUUUACCAAAAAUCACUUUCAUGACAUCUUCGUAUGGUUAAACUGCUGCCGAGCGAUUUCACAUUUUUGCCGCUGUUUGGUGACAGAACAAUUAUAUACCUUAUAUAGAAUAAGCUAUAUCACUAAACACUUGGCGUUUUCCAUCCGAUUCAUGCAGUAACUGCCCGACUAAAAAUUUAUAGAAGGAAAUAGUUGUUUUUAAACUUUCUUCUUAAUAAUGCAGGCCCAUGCAAGCAUACAUUAAGUGGGUGUAACGAUUCAUUAUUUAGCCGCACGGAGAGAUACCUCAUAUAAAUGAAUAGACCCCCGAAACAUUAGUAAAUGAAUGCUUUAUUCAUCGCGAGGUAGGGAAACAGUAGCCGAACGUUAACUCUCGGAAUGCCAUAAUUUGCUGCUAAAUAUUUCUCCCUUUAUAUUCCCUACAAAAAUUUUAAUCCAUUGUAUAUGGAUUGUAUGCAAAUUGGUAUACAAACGGUGCCAUUUUGUCGUUAAUUUGAAAAAUUUCUGGGAAUAAAAUGCCUGCAUCCUGACUGUUAAAUCAUGCAGCAAGUGUUUGCCAGUGUUUUCCAAAGCUAGUAUUCCAAAGGUCGCAGGUUCGAAUCCCACAUUCGCUUUGAAAUUUAAAGUGUUUGUGAUUGAAACUUAGCGAUGUCGAUUUGAAAUAUUUAACGAAGUAUUAGAAAUUAACAUCAUGAUUAUUUUAUCUAAACUCUAAAAAACAGUUUUGGCCGACUUAGAAUUUAGCAAGCGUCAUGUAUUUCGCGCCUGCAUGUACGCGCGAAAUUUCUGACCCGUCACGCUAGGUCAGGUAUUUAGCAGAGGUCAGGAAUUUCGCUUGACACCGGGCAUAUUUUUCAAGCUCGCCCGGUGUGGAUAACAGUCAGAGUAACAUAUCACAAACAUCAAAUAUAUUGUUACUGACGCAUAUUAUUCGCACACCACUAUAAAAAUAAUUCUAAGGCCAAGGUUAAAAAGCUGAAAAGCCAGCGCCAGCGGUCCAAAAUAAUUUAUCAUUAAUUGUGUUUCCUCAAUUUAAAUGAGCCACACAAUAUCGUAAACAGUAUUGUAAUAAGGUUUCGAACCUACGAACAAACUAUUAAUUUACAUAAAUAUUUACCACUAAUUCCACAUUACAACAGGCCAAGUGACGCAUUAUUUAACGUACUUAAACUAUGGCCUCUCAAUAAGUGCAAGUCAAGUAUACAGUAUAUGUCUCGCCGGAGACAGCUUCCACAGUUGCCAACGGAGAAUAAACCAGUCCAAACAGUUCUCAACGGAGAUAUAAAUUUCAACCUACAAGCUAACAUGCAUACCAAAACUAAUUAAAUAUUCUAAUGUUUUCUUUUGGCAGAAAAAAUCUAUACCCAUUCCCAAUUUCGCAAUUACAAACCUAUCUGAUCAAAACAAAUUCAUCGUUGUUUUAUUUGUCAACUUAUUUGUAUAGUGUUGAAUAAGAUGUUUAUACUUUUUAAUGCAACGAACUCGCAAUGUUUCACACUAUAUAAGCUACAUAGCGGUAGUACCCAUUCAAACUAUGAUUAGUCUAUGUAAUAAUUGAAGGAAACGCCAAUUGCAUGCAUAAUAAAAAUCAACACGUCCUAUUCCGACAGUAAAUGCCAACACACCUGGCAAACUCUAGCCUACGGUGUCUGCUGGGGUCUACGUACGGUACACCGUAGGCUAGGCAAACUCUUCUUAAGUUCAGUCUGUCCAAGAAGUGUUAUCUCAUGCGUUUUAAUUUUAGUUGCUUUGAAUCCAUUUAUGCUCAAGUUAUAAAUUAAUAAUGUCGAUUUCAUGUGGGUAUUCUGUAUGCGCCCUCGCUAUCCUGCUGCGUUCUUUGUUUCAAUUUGCUCCCCUUUUUAGUAUUAAACAAACAUAGCCCCAGAAAUCAGGAAAGUGAUAAGGCACUCAUGAAAGUGAGUCUCUUUUAAACCUUUUAGGCUAUAUACCGCUUGCUAAUAUAUUUUCCCUAUUAAAAAUUGUUUUCGUUUAUAUUAGAGGAGGGCCAGCCUUAAAGGCCAUUUUCCAUUGCAGUCGCUUUGCGCGCGCGGGCGGAGCGAGCAAUUUUAAUCAAGUGAAAAAUGCAAAGGUUAAUUAACUACAGACAAAGUUAAGUAAUGUCCGCUUCACCGCCUGCACGCCCUUGCUAACCCUUGCGCAACCUUUUCUUCCGCCCGCGCUUGAAACACAGAGACGACUGGGGACGAGUCAGCGCCCGUGCGGCCAAAGCGACAGCAAUAGAAAAUUGCCUUAAGCCGGUUUUCCACUAGCGACUUUUGUCGCGUGGAGCGAUCUUUGUCGGUAUCAUCUGUUACGUCAACAAGACGUGGCAAAAUGAUGCCGACAAAGGAAAAAGGUCGCUUCGCGCGAAAAAAUUCGCUAGUGGAAAACCGGCUUCACUAGGGUCAGGCAAGAUCUUGCUAUUGACGAGGCGACAUCUUGCCUUACUACAUGCAGGGCUGGAAACUUCCCAUCAAUAAACGCAGUAGGGAGGGCUGGCCUCCCUAGUAGUUAUCUCAUGCAUGUAAAUGCGGCGAAAAUCAGCCCUACUCAUUUUCCCCACAAAACUUUGAAAUAACGUACAGUGUGUCCCCAAAAAAGGCUACCCUUUGAAGUCAAGCGCUAGUGCCGCAUGUUCGAAUUUGAUUGCUUUAACUCCCUAAUAAGCCCUGGAAUGCGUAAAACGUUAUACUGUACGUAGUCAAUUAUAUUCAUGCAUUCCAUUCUGUGUUAUUUCAGCGGAACAAAUUUCAAUUAAUUUGCAAUGCAUGCAUAAAAAUGCUCUGCUAUAACGUUUUACGCAUUCCAGGGCUCAUUUGGGACACACUGUAUAGUGAUUGAAUUUCAAUGCCCGAUUACUUUGCUGAACCCACAAGCGGCAUAAAAGUUGGACAUAAGUAAAUUUUAUGCGUAAAUAAAACUACAGGGUGUCCCAAAAACCCCGAAAACUAUUGAAAUGUAUUGUUAGAAUUUGAAUGCCUCAGCACUCUGCUGAACCCACACGUGCAUCAAAGCUCGUAAGUAAAUUUUAUGCAUAAAGAACCGUUUAAGACGCUGUUUUAAAUUCCCAAGAGCAGAAAAUCGUGCGCUUGACAAAUAUAUUUUAAUUUCUUAAUAAGCAGCUUAGUGCUAGGGCAUUCAAAUUUUAACAAUACGUUAUUUCAAUGGUUUUGCGUUUUUUUGGCGCACACACUGUAUUUAAAUUCCCAAGAGCAGUUAAAUUGUGCGCUUUACAAAGUCAAACAUAUUUUAGUUCUUAAUAUAAGCACCCUGUCAAUAUUUUGCUGGGCAUUCAAAUCUAAACAAUACCUUAUUUCAAUAGUUUGGGAUUUUUUUUAAAACAUCCAUGUAUAGUAUAAUUGCUGAGAAAUAUGUCUAUCUGCAGCAUCUGUCUGGGAAAAUUGUUCAGUUUCAUAAUUAACACAUACAUUUAAGUUAAUUCUAGAACAAAAUAAGAAAUUACAUUAGUUCGUUUGCGACUGUAUGAUCGAAUAUUUGAUCAUAUCUUAGUCCUACUUUACAACUUUCAUGUGUGCCAUCAUGCAUGUGUGCCUCAUUUACACAGUAUACUAGCUGUACCCAAGUUGUAAGCAGGGUACAUGCGGCAGCAGUCUUAGUUUUUAUCAUGGAUUGUAAAAUAACUGGAUAGGAAACUUCCUGACGUCACAGUUUAAACCCAGUUGCGUCAUGCGUAUUGCCAAAGUUCUCUCAGUAUUUUUGUUGUUUCGCUAUAUUUUCUGCUUUAAAAUAUCAGAGUAAUAUUGCAUAAACUGGUCUAAUUGUUUUAAAAACAUGCCUAACACACGACCAAGUAUAUUCAAGGUAAAUGUUUUUCGUCUUUGUUUUGUAUUUUUUUACAUUUGUAACCACGAAAUUGGCGUCGCCAAUUUUAACGAAAUUAGCGAUGCAUUUUUCACUAUAAUAGUUUUCUUUCAUGUUAGUGGAAACACCGCGUAAAUUUGUUACUGUAUUUUUCACUGUUUAGUGCUUGAAAUAUUUCCUAAAAUUGACUGGGAAUACUUAGAUAUUUCAUCGUAGAAUGGCGUAGUUAUAUUUAUUUGCUCUUUCACUAAAAUGUUUAGCUGUAUUAUUGCUAAACAUGCCGUUUUUGAGAAUUUGGUUUGCAACUAGGUUUCGACAUCCAAUCACGUCAUCCAUCAGCCCAUUGAAAACAUUAGGUCACGUCAGCUACUUUCCUAUCCAUUUAUUUUAUAAUGCAUGGUUUUUAUAGACAACCGUUGUGCAGUGUCCUUCAUAGGCUAUAACCCUAAUAGAUUAUAACAAAUUUCAUUAGAAGCCAUUUUCGGCUCUUUUCAAGUAUUUACUUCAAAACAUCUUCUGAUACUCCAUAGUAUAUGGAGCGAAGGCAGUAAAACACUUUUCAGUACGAUUUAUUAGCAUGUAUAGUCCUCCGUAAAUUAGUAAAUUACUCGUUUUAGCUUAUUAAAGAGAUAGGAUACUUCUUUUCAAUCAUUUAGCCCUACCCUAUUUUACAUAUUUGUAGACUAUCAUCAUGACCAGAUUUUGUUAUCCAUUCAUGCGACCCUCUUAAUCAUAUAUCCAUGCAUGCCUAUAAGGCUAUAUGCCUAUAUAAGCAUACUGCAGUGUAUAUACAACAACACUUCCGUUUAUUCGCGACAAAUGCUUAGUCUUAAUAUUAAUAUAUCAUGUAAGGAUAUAUACUAUAUAGAAAAAGAGUUAUUCAACUGGCGAUAUUCUAGUAAUUUGCCAUUGCAAAUUAUUCAUUAACUUUAUACAUUUUACUUCUUCCUACCGGCCGAAAUAAACUUCUUUACCAUUUUUGUAAAGUUUCGUUCGAAAUCGCAUUUAAUUAGUCAUACAUUUCUAUUUAGCUACUAGGAAUGAAUCCACCUUAAACUUUGCGAAUAUAUUGAAGGCAACUGAGCCAUUCACUGAGAAGUAAUAAAGCAAAAGUUAAUCUUAUUACUUGUUACAUGUGUUGGAGAGUGUUACUGUUAUAGACACGGAAUUUCCCAGUACAUUCUGUAAAUAUUAAAAUACAGUAUAAAAAUAAUAUCUCAGUCAAACAAUGACAACGCUCAACAUUCGUUACGCCACUGGGUGGUCUGAUGCGGCAUAUAUACGGCGCAUACGCCGAGAAAGAAACAUUUUAUAAACUAUGCUAAAAAAUGUUGUGCGUAUUCCCACGUAUUGUUUAUACGAUAAGUAUACUCUAUCCACACACUGAAUACGCUAGAGGUACGCCAGAUGUACGGUACUCCCUAUACUCAUGCAUACGCGCUGGCAUUUCAAGAGAUUUUUCCAUAUGAAAAUUAUUUCAUUUAAUACAUUUCUCUCAUACGCAAUAGUGUGAGAAAAAUUUACGAAUGUGUGAAAUCAACUACCUCAUUUUCUUUGGAAACCUUAUUACUAUCAGACAACAUAUUCUGGUUAUAUACAACCUAUAAAUACCAAUGUAUAAAUACGAAUGGUCUUGCGAAGUACACUUUUAGUAUAGCCUAAGUUGAAAAUUAAUGACACAGCUAACUAAUACUCCAUUAAAAAUCAGAAAUAUAUAAUACAUAUACUUAGCUUCAAUUUUUAAAAUGUAUAUAAACAAGUACAGUAGUGCCUGAACACUGAAGACCUGUACGAAACAUCAGUUGCAAGUUGCCCCGAUUCUUUAAUUACUCUAUAUUUUAUUGAUCCCUCACUCGAUUUCAAUUUCCGCCAUAACACUAUAAAAAUGACUUCAAUUUCAAUUCAACUCGGGAUCAGUAAUGUUAUUAUAAGUCCAUUAAUGCAUGCAUUGGUUCCCAUUCACACCCUACAAUACUAUUACAUAUCUAUUUAUACGAAUCUUUAAAGACACCAUAUAAAUUACCAGUGGUAGUCUUUAUAAUUGUAACAGGGAAUGUAUUUUUUUAUGAACUUCAAGGUAGAUGCAAGUCAGCAUUACAUCGAUUUUUGGAAAAAUUGAUUAAAAAGGUGAGAGAUAAAGUUCGUUCAGAUGAUCUGCCUGAAGAUGUAUCAAAAAGUCAAAUUUUAAACCGCACAAUAAUUUUACCUCAUUGCACUUGGGACAAGUUUGGUGAAAUCAUGGCUAACAAUGGGGGAAGAAUUUAUGGACUAUUCGAUGAACUUGUAUCGUUUUUCUCGACAAUGAACAUGUAUUCCUCAUCGAAAGCUACUGUUCAAGACAACCGCGAAUACCAAGACUUCUUAAAAAUGUUCACUGGAAAGGCGAAAACUAGAGAAACAGGUGAGAAUAUUACUCGAGGCCAUAAGGGGACCUAAGUGCGGGGUGUUGAACGGCUAAAACACUUUACGAUGUAGGUGGCCGUGACAGUUGUGUUUAUAAAACCCUGGCCCUUUAUUUCCCUCAAAUUUUCAGACACAUCUUUUUCGGUACUUCUAUAUAUCUCCUAGACAAAGGUAUGGUCAUGAUAAUAUUAAAUCAUUUCUUUAGAAAUUGAUUGUUUUCAUAGUAAAUGAACACGAAAAUAUUUCCAUUCUAUUUCCAUAGAAUUUUUCCCUCUUUUGGUUUUAUAAUGUUGGACAGAAAUGACCUUCAUUGCCAACUACCCUGGCCUAUUAUUUUAAGAUUGCGUUAAACUUUGUUGUUGUUAAACUAUGCAGGGAUUUAUGGGUAUUUAAUUGAUUAUUUGUGCGAUAAAACUUAUACAACAAAUUUCAAACUAUAGUAUAUUUUAAAUUUGUACGUAUGACAGUAAACCUUCUAAUUCCAUAUUUGCCAAGUUUACCAUGUUGUAUAUGUCAUCCAUAUAAAUAUUACAUUAACAUAUUAAUUUUUUGUAAUUCAAUCAGUAUCCUUAUGAACAACUAUCUUUCCAAUAUAUAUAGUUACUGGCAAUGCGAACUUCAACAUGAACCAGACGUCCCUUCAACUACUUGGAUUUACGCAGCCUCAGUCAGCAUUACCAAUCAUCCACAAUGCCCAAAAUAACGCCAAGGGAUUCACAUCAAGGAUUUUAUGGUAUUUCCCCACUCCCAUUUACAGUCGCCUUGCUGAUCUUGAACUAUCAGCCGAAGAGAGACAAACUAUACAAGAGGGUGAAGAAACACUUGGUAAUAACUUUAACAUCCACUACCUGCAUGCAUUUAUUUUUUCUUGCAAACUUGCAAAUUACGUUUUCAAGUUCGAAAAUUUACCGCUCACACUUCGUAAAUUAAAUUACCCCACGUAAUGCAAAAUGACUGAAAAACGGCAAACUUCGUAAGGUUAUAUUAUCCGCAUUUUACAACAUUUCGCAACGAAAUUUUGGAAUAUUACUAAUUUUGUGAUGCUCUUUCAAGCUGUGAUCAAAUUUUUGUCACUACGCUUGUUGAGAUAAAAUUUUUGUCUAUUAUGCAAGUUGUCAAUCAGUCGGCGCGAACUUUGCUACAAAGGUCGCAAGUACAUUUCAAUAUUUUUACUACUAUAAACAAUGUCAAAUGUUCAUAGUUCAACUGUUCAAGUCGAAUUUUUUUUUACUUGAACAGUUGAACUAUGAACAUUUGACAUUCUUUGUGCAGGGAAUCGUCUACCAAGAAGGUUUGUAUUUCAUUCGAUUGAUUAUUAUUAUCAAGUAUCAACAUUUGUUAACAAACGAAGUUCAAACGUUCAAAUGUACUUGCGAACUUUGUUGCGAAGUUCUCGCUCAAUUUUAAAACUUGCACACGUAAUUUACAAGUUUGCAACGAACUUGGGACCCGCGUGUUGAAAAGUUACUAGAAAUCGACAAUAUUGCCUAUUGAUGUCCGGUAAUCAUCAUUUUAGUUUCUCUUCUUACUGAACUAUACUUGGCUGGUGAGAACACGUUUGAGAUUUCUGAAGUUGGUAAAAUUGUGGAUGUUAAAGUGAAAAGAAAAGAAUUUGUUCUCUCCAAAGAGGCUAAAGAACUUUUUGCACAAAUUCACGAUGACUGGGAAAUGAAUGUCUGCAAAAGAUUUGAUAAUGAUUCCUUAGUCAGUGGUUAGUAUUAUUACUGUUAGUAUUCUUGCCACUAAAAAUCAAUACAAUUAAUAGGUGAAUUUAAAUAAAAAUUUUGUAUGUGACUGUGUAGGGUUAUUUGCAAGAGGAAACUGCCACGUUGUGAGGCUAGCUGUACCUAUUCACAUCCUUUUCCAAUGUUUUUCGGGAAAUGAAAACAUGCCGGAUGAAGAAAUGACGUCUUUACAGGCUGAACAUAAACAGUCUGAUUCCGACGACGAAUCAUCGACACUUUCUGCCUCCCAAGAGGAACUAGCAACAGCAGAAGACCAAUCAGCAACAUCAUCUGAUGCCGACGAUGAACUACCAACUUCUGACGUUGAACACCCAGUCAUAAUUAAUGCACCUGCAAUCCGUGCUGCUCAUGCAGUGGUACAUACAUGUCUCCAUCACGUUUGUAUGAAAAUUAUUAAAUUUGUUUACUUUUCUUACUUUAAAUGCAAUAUAAAGUAUUCGUAAUACUAUAAUCAUCAUGCAAUAAGUGGAACAUAAAGAGAUGGUCAUAUAGAUGAGUAUCACGUCGUUAUGAAACAGGAAAUUGCAUCAUUGGUAUUGUACCCUUCAACAUAGGUGCUCAGCCUAUUCUCUCAGUGUUCAUUUUGUAUUAUCAAAACGUAUAAGCACAGUCAUGUGUAGUACCUAAUUUUCAUCCAUGUUAAACAAAAAUCAAUUAUAUGAUAAAGUGAAUUGAAUAACCCUUUUACCUUCAAGUCCUUGUAUAGUAUCGUGGAUAAAUAUAGAGCAUGCACAACUUCCAAAUACUAUAAUAUUGGACACGUAAUUUUGCAAUCACAACUGUGCGUUCCAUUUAGCCUAUUUUAAACCUAUAUGGACUGUUUUUAUGGCCCCGCUUGCCGAAACGUCUCGCCAAAUGACACAAAUAAUAUCGUGCAUUCAUAUGCAUUUUUUCACCUCGCUUCCCGACAUUAGAAUAUUACGGUUCAUUAUUAGUACCUGUAUACUUGUACGUUUCAGUCAUGCACUAAACACAUUUAAGCCCCAUAAACUAUAGGGAAAAAUUGGUGAAUUAAGAGGUAACAUCGGAAAUUUGGUAUCUUCACUUCAUCCUGCUGUAGAUAUGAAAUAUUUUUUAUUCUUUCUGUCUAUACAUGGUAUUCUCUAUCUUCUCUUCUCCAAGCAGACUAUCGUAUUAAUGCGAUGUAAAUAAUACUAAUAAAUAAUAAUAUUCCCAUUUAUGCGAUUUAUAGGCACAAUGAACAACAGGAGAAUACCAAACGACGAUGAUGGAGACAAACAACAUCAACCCGAAGACACCAUACCCACAGAAAUAGAUGACAAUGAAAGACGAGGUUGUAAGGUCAUCCUUUUGAGCCCUGGGCCACUCGUCUCCCUUAGCCGUCUUCUUUCGAAGUCCAAAUUAAGAGGAAUUAAAGUAAAAGAUGAAAGUGGUGCAGCUGCAGGAAAAUUACUUCUGCGAAAGCUUUCAAAGCUUGGACUUGGGCGUAUUCUCAGUUUUCGUGUGCGGCGAAACAAUUCAGUCGUAAGUAAUGGAUAUAUAAACUAUAUUUAAGGAGGCUCCCUACAGUUAUUAGUAGACUUUUAAGUUGAUUUAGUCAGACGUUAUUCUCAUGUGGUGCGCGUGGAAAAUUCGUAGGGGUUCUUUAAACAAGUCGGCUAAUAUCGAUACAUACGUAGUUGAAAUGUACUGUUCUUUCUGUUUUUGAUAUUUGCAAAAUAAUAUGUCAACCCGUGGGAAUGUCCCGCGGGAAAAUUGACAUCCUGAUUUUUUAUGACGUGAUAUACUCAAAUUUCCGUAAAAAGAACUGUAUUUUUCUCGUGUUUCCUUCGCUGCAUGAAAACGUUUUAAACUCUGUGCACUGUACAGCAAUCACACAAUGCAUAAAAUAUGCGAGUUUACAGAAAGUCGUAUAGGAGCCCAUUUUUUAAUCUUUAAAACACGGUUUUUCGAAAAUUAAAAAAGUGGCUCCAACAACUUUUUAAUUAAAAAAGUCUUAUUUGAAAUAACUACACAUUACCUUCAAUAAAAACGUUUCACCCAAAUAAAUUUCAAAAAUGAAAGAUAGAAAUUAAAUUUUUUUCCACCGCAGAAAUUUCGACAAAUCCUUCGAAAUCCGCAGAAACUUCGACAUCUCCUUAAAAUAUACUUAACGUUCGGGUUUCGCUGUAGGAUAUAAUUGUAAUUUAUUUACUACAGGCUGUGUGGUUAACUUAAAUAAAGCAAUUGUUUUAUGCAUACACCAAUGAAGUACCCUGAGUGAAAGAGGUCACCUCUAAAACACAGAGUAGUUUAAUAUAAACGUUAACUUCCUGCAUUUAAACAAACUGUUACUUUCCAUUUCUCAAGGUUCAAUUCCUCGAAAAGAGCACUAUUCCGCAGGACAUGACAAGCAAGUACCAAUUUGGGAAUAUACUGGCAAACGUCGGAAUUUCCUUAGCGAAGUACGAAGAAAUGUUUCAGGCUGAUAAUGAAGAGAGGUUUGUUCUCAAUCGUUAUCGUUUCUAGGAUGUGCACGAAAGGCUUAAACUAACCCGUACAUACUUAUAUGAAAUUUAAAACAAUUUCCGAUUGUUUGUGGCAAUAAAAGAAAAUAGAUCAUGCUACAGAUACCGUCUUUCUAUGAAAAGGCUUUGUAAGAAGAUGCAUGACCUAUACUAGUUACAAAACUACCGUUUACCUUUUUCACUCUACAGUGUCAAAUAAUUGUUUCCCCUUAAUUGUACCUUAACCCACUAAGUGGAAAAGCUCGUCACGAGCAAAAUUGUCUGCCGUAGAGUAAAAUAAUAGGGCGUUUUCUUAGCCUUUCAGCUUAAUCCUGCAUCACCGAACGCAUCGCAUACAAUUAUAACUAUGCGUCCCAUUUUAUGGUUGUGUAAAUGUCAAAUACACUACCACAAAAUGUAACGCUUGCAAAGUUUACUUCAAAAUUUAAUUGCACAAUUACGCUUUUUUUCUAGCAACCAACAUUUGUCAGAUUUCAAAAAUAGAGGGACAGUUAUUGGCGACAGGAGAGAGGAGCCUGACCCAAGCGAUUCUCCAUCUUCACCAAGCAAGACUAUUUGUGUGGAAGUCGACAUUCACAAAGAAAAAUAGAAAUCGUCUAUACAUCCAAUCUCGUUCCCCGAGCCUGCGAUCUUCGGGAACUGAGGAACGCGAGGCUCUGGGAUAAUCCGUUUCAGGGAGGAAUCUGAUUGGCCGUUG